AUGAAGAUCGACGUCGCCUUCAGUUACCUCUCUCUAGCGAUCCUCGUGGCGGCUGAGGACAUCGACGAGCACGACGUUCCCCAGGCGUGUGUUUCCGACUGUCGCAGCUUGAUUGACCUCUCUGCCCGAUGCGAAAACAGCACGGAUGGUGACUCUGCGUUCAAUGCUUGCGUGUGUGGUGACACAAGUGCUGAACCCGCGUUCAACUCUUGCGCCGCUUGUGCCAAACAGAAUGGCUUCACGUCAAACGAUGACAACGAUGUCGCGUCUCUGAUGACAGACUGCGGCCUGGACUUCAAUGCAGCAAGCACCUCCGGCGGAAAUAACGCGGACACCGUCGCGACCAGCACUGUCACUUCCGUAUCGGGCUCGGGCACCGUCAUUUUGAGCACGACUUCUACGCGAUCAGCGGCGUCGCAGGCUUCCGGAAGCGGAGCCACAUCGACACAUGGAUCGGCGGCGGCAGGAGCACAUGCAACUGCUGGCAUUGGAGCCGUGGUCGCUGGGUUGGCUUUGGGAAUUCCUGCACUGAUCUAA